UGAAACCAAGGCCCGGUCGGGGUUUCAGAAUUGAUGAGUGUGUUGCCCGCGAAAGACCGUGGGCUCAAACGCAGAGGCAAGCUACAUCAUUGUCCCUAGUCCAUAGUAUGCAGUGGCCCUGCAGGACCCUGGCCGUACUGGUCGCCGCUAUUGUGGUGCUUCUUUCCGUGCGAUUUGCGAUCUUCUUAUCCUGCGAAGAGCUAGCCGCGGCGGAACUGCCCUUGCAGGGUACCUUCCACCCGGGAUUCUUCCUUCCAAGUUUCGUGGAUGGUAUUGAUGUGAAUAUCAGUCGUGCUCGUUCGCAGAAUACAGUUACUCCUCGACAACGUCCUGAUGUCACUGCAAUUGUGUUGAACUGGUCUCGCUUGGAUAAUGUUGUUCGCAUUGUCUCCUUGCUCUGCGAGGAAUCGCUGCUCGACACUGUCGCCGAAGCGUUCAUCUGGAAUAAUAGUCCAAAGGAACUGACGUAUGAGACGUUUGCUAGCAGCGGGUGCCCCAAGGCGAAGCUUAGACUUUACAACUCUGAACGCAACCUCUACUUUCACGCGCGGUUUCUGGCGUGUGUUCAGGCUAAGACACAGUUUUGUUUCUUCCAGGAUGACGACUACCUUGUUCUCCCUCAGAUCAUACAGACACUUCGAUAUCGGAUUGCAGAAUCACCGCAAACUGCAAUCCACCUCCUUCCGGCGCAUGAACACUUAUCAAGUCGCUUGCGUACAAUCUUGACUCCUUCAGGUGUUCACUCGGGGUUUGCAUGGCUUGGUCAUGGUGCCAUCAUGUCUCGAAAGCAGGCAGUUGAUUUUGUCUCCCUCCUUCGGCAUCUCAAUAUGCCGCCUGAGGAGGUUCGUUUAGCAGACAACUACUUCACGAUUCUCAGCAACCAGAUACCAGAGAUAUGGUUUGAUCACGGAGUUGAACUCGGUGGAGGUGAACCAUUCACUAUUGGUCAGGAGGGCCAUGAGCGCAAUUUGCGACAUAUUAUGAAUGCUUGCGCAUACCUUGACCAACUCGUGUCUGGGAUCCAUGACAUUUCCCAUCAGGAGACUGCAUUGGAGGCGUUUCCGUUUGUAAAGGCAGCCGCUGAUAUUGGGCAAUGGUUUAUCAGCAGGUCGCCCUGUCUUGGUUCCUCGUGUUUGUUGGAAACCAACAUCCGCUUGCUGGGCGAUGACGUCCCCAGUGGCCAUGCUGCGACUGAUCUCAUCGCUCGCGAGGGACAAUAUGCCAGUGCAAUGGACAAAAAGGCAGUAUUGAACUACACUCGUCACUCCCUGUCCAAAGCGGUGGACGGCAUGCCUGCUACAGCGUUUCGCAGCACGUCUUUGGCAAGACGGGGGGAGUACGUCAUGCUCGAUUCCCUCUAUCCUGUGGGUUCCUUGGAUGUCAAGUUGGAGGUUGUCUUCCUCGUUCCCCCUAGCAGUGAAGAGAUUCUCCGGAAAUCUGUCUUCCAAUCCUCGGUAGAUGGAGGCGAUUGGUUUUCUUCACCCCACCCACUGAUGUGUAGGAAUACAUCAAUGACCACUACCUUAUUGUAUAAUCGGUUCUCUGAAGAUUUUGCCCUGGUCGAGUGCAGUGUCCGAGUGGUGGAUGGAAAUGUUCGUUACUUCAAGGCUCUACUAAAAUCUGACGCAUCUGUGGCAUGGACCAUUUCCGAAAUUUGGCUGAGAGAGCUAUCAUAGUACCAUGUAUUACUAAUCA